AUGUUGGUGCGCCAAGCAAGAAACUCGAUCGUGAGAUUUGGAAGAGUUCCAGCCGCAAGACUGACCGUUCGUUGGAACAGUAGUACAGCGACCGAAAAUACGACUGUUGACCCAAAAAUUGAGAAUAUUGUUCAGGAAAUUUCAAAGUUGACAUUAGUAGAGACAUCCAGUUUGAUUUCAGAGCUUAAGAGCCAGCUAAAUAUCCCAGACAUUGCACUCCCAGUUGCGGGAGCUGCACCCGCGGGAGGGUCAGCAGCCGCGCCAGCAGCCGAAGAGGCUGCUCAAGAAGAACCUAAGGAGGAGAAGAGCAUUUUUUCCGUGAAACUGGAGGCGUUCGAUGCUAAGACAAAGCCAAAGGUCAUUAAAGAAGUGAAGACGCUGCUUGGAUUGUCAUUGGUGGAGGCUAAAAAGUUCGUGGAAGCUGCUCCUAAGGUGUUGAAGGAGAAUGUCGCCAAGGAAGAUGCAGACAAGAUUAAGGCUGCUUUGGAGGCCGUUGGCGGCAAGAUCUCUCUAGAGUAG